CCUCCUCUGCGCUGCAGUGAACAGCCCCGCCGCCUCCGCUCAUCGGCGCAGAUUCUCUUGCUCGACGACCACGGCAGGAGGGGAGACGGCGCACAUCACCAUCACCACCAUCUUCAUCAUCGCAGCCGUCACGCAGAUCCGCGCACGGCAGGCAACAGCGCACGGGCGCACGGGCGCACAAACGUAACGGGGCACGCGACCGAACCGUCGUCUCCUCUCAACUCACGCAGGCCGGGCUCUCUCUCUCUUUCUCUCUCUCUCUCUCCCGUCGAGUCCCCGACUCCAUCACCCCGCCCCGUGACGGCGGUACAAUGCGCGAGAUCGUCCACGUGCAGGCCGGCCAGUGCGGCAACCAGGUCGGGUCCAAGUUCUGGGAGGUGAUCAGCGAGGAGCAUGGCAUCGACAGGACGGGCUCCUACCGCGGAUACAACGCGCGGCUGCAGAUGGAGAGGAUCAACGUCUACUACAGCGAGGCGACGAGUGGCAAGUUCGUGCCGAGGGCGAUCAUGGUGGACCUAGAGCCGGGCACCAUGGACGCGGUCCGCUCGGGGCCCCUGGGCCACAUGUUCCGCCCGGACAACUUCGUGUUCGGCCAGAGCGGCGCGGGUAACAACUGGGCCAAGGGCCACUACACGGAGGGCGCCGAGCUGGUGGACUCGGUGUUGGACGUGGUGCGCAAGGAGGCGGAGAACUGCGACUGCCUGCAGGGCUUCCAGCUGACGCACUCGCUGGGCGGGGGCACCGGCUCGGGCAUGGGCACCCUGCUCAUCAGCAAGAUCCGCGAGGAGUACCCCGACCGCAUCAUGAACACCUUCAGUGUGGUGCCCUCCCCCAAGGUGUCUGACACGGUGGUGGAGCCGUACAACGCGACGCUGUCGGUGCACCAGCUGGUGGAGAACACGGACGAGACGUACUGCAUCGACAACGAGGCGCUCUACGACAUCUGCUUCCGCACCCUCAAGCUGGCCAACCCGGCGUACGCCGACCUCAACCACCUGGUGUCGGCCACCAUGAGCGGCGUCACCACCUGCCUGCGCUUCCCGGGCCAGCUCAACGCCGACCUGCGCAAGCUCGCCGUCAACAUGGUGCCCUUCCCGCGGCUGCACUUCUUCAUGCCGGGCUUCGCGCCGCUCACCAGCCGUGGCUCGCAGCAGUACCGAGCGCUCACCGUGCCCGAGCUCACCCAGCAGAUGUUCGACGCCAAGAACAUGAUGGCGGCGUGCGACCCGCGGCACGGCCGCUACCUCACGGUGGCCGCCAUCUUCCGCGGCCGCAUGUCCAUGAAGGAGAUCGACGAGCAGAUGCUGAGCGCGCAGACCAAGAACAGCAGCUACUUCACCGACUGGAUCCCCAACAACGUGAAGACGGCCGUGUGCGACAUCCCGCCGCGCGGCCUCAGCAUGUCCGUCACGUUCAUCGGGAACAGCACGGCCAUCCAGGAGCUGUUCAAGCGAAUCUCCGAGCAGUUCACGGCCAUGUUCCGCCGCAAGGCCUUCCUGCACUGGUACACGGGCGAGGGCAUGGACGAGAUGGAGUUCACCGAGGCGGAGAGCAACAUGAACGACCUCGUCUCCGAGUACCAGCAGUACCAGGACGCCACGGCCGAGGAGGAGGAGGGCGAGUUCGAGGAGGACUACGAGGAGGACGAGGCGGAGGAGGACGAGGUGGCGCCUCCACACGAGAGUUACUGAACAUAGGCGCCGCCGUGACGGAUGGAACGCGACACCGCCACCCAGGCCGGAACCACGGCGAUCGCAUAGCUCCACCCGUAGCCGACACCAUUCGCUCGAGCCCUAACCCAUAGUCAAUAGUCAACUCGUAGCCUGGCCCAAGCCAUAUGGCCUAUAUCAGAACCGUAGCCCGAACACAAACCCUCUCGCUAGCCCGAGCCAUGAACCCAAGCCAGACACUAGACCUGACCCAUACAACAAACAGCUCUAUCCCUAUCCACAGGCUUAAUAGAACCAUAGCUAGCCCCUACUCAAAACAUGGCACUACCCAUGACACUAAUCAUAGCCGACUGUAGCUUCUCUCACAACUAACAUGAAUAACACUAACUUUAGCUGUAGCGCUACCAUACUACACGUCCCCAGUGCUAAUACGGAGGCACGGAGACAAUACCUGAAUAAAGAACUAGACCCCUAAGCUUAGUCAUAGGCCUCGAUUGAAUUGUCGCCCUAGGUAAACGCUACAGUGAAGCCUGUGGAUCAAGUGCAAUGUUAAGGCCAGUGGCUUGGUACAGUAAUCAUGCUUCAACAUCUGGGAGCUGCUGUGCUCUGGAACAAAGCCCUAAUCCCGUCUCUUAUCUCCCAUGCAUGGUCGCAGUGCCCAUUAGCACCACAUCACUUUGGUCUCCUGGGAUCUACAACCAUUUCCCAUUGUGGUGGCAGCAGUAUUUUUCAGAGUAGCAGCAGCAGUGUGUUUUCAGCGUAACUCCGUUGUGUGUUCCUUUGCCGAUCUCAGAUCAUGAAUGAAGACCUUGCUCGCUCUCACUGUGCGUUAAAGCCCCACUCCCUCCUAUCCCCCCCCGCCCCCCCCCCCCCCCCAC